CGACAGGCGGCGCUGAUGAGCGGCUGGCCGCAGCGCAGCGCAUCCGCGGCUGCUCGGUUCUUCCACGUGUGCAGCAGCAGCGUGAUGCUAAAGAGCGAGUCUUGUUGUUAGUCUUUCUCUUCUUUUUCACUUAAAGUCCACAUUCAUGCAAACUGGAUUUCUGUCGUGGCUUCGUGUGUAAUGCGUGAUGAAGAACCGCAGUGCUUAUACUAUAGACCCGAGACUCAAACACAGAGUCCAUCAGUAUCUGAAGGCACACAGUGACCCGUAUGUGGACGUCUCUGCGAUGGCCUCGGAGCUUCAGCAGCAGUUCAGGAUCGAGUACGGCCGGAGGAACAGGACGGCGUUCAGGAUUCAAGUGGAGAAAGUGCACGCGGUGAUAUGCAAUGAGUCUGGUGUCUCUGCUCUGGAAAACCAACAUUUGGCCAAAAGAGCGCGACGCAACCAAGAGGACGGGGACGACGGUCACGUCACAGAGUACGACAGCGACAGCGAGGACAAUAUUCCCGAACAUGAACAUACAAAUCACAUGAACAGCUCGCUGACGUCCCUCUAUCAGAGAGCAGCGUGCAGCUCGAGCCCGCAGAAGAGCGGCUGGAUCAUCGAUAAGACCGACAGAGAGCAGGAGAACAUCUUCAUCGAUCUGUGUGAGGACGAGUCCUCCAGCACGGCGAAGCAGAGAGAUUCAUCAAAGCUGGAGAAGGAGAAGACGUCAAAGAGCGGAAAACUGAAGAGAGCGAAGAAGAACAAGCACGACGUGGAGGCAGAAGUCACUGCCGGAGUACAGGCUAAAAAGUGUAAGAACAAGGGCCAUGAGCUGCAGUUCUCAGCGGUGAAGUUCGAGGACUUCGGCGGCAGUGAGGAAACUCUAGAGGAGGUCUGUAAGCUGCUGAUCCACACGAGGCAUCCGGAGGUGUACCAGCGGCUGGGAAGCAGCACUCCCUGUAUCCUGUUCAUCGAUGAGAUCGAUGCCAUCACGCCAAAAAGAGAGAUCGCUUCCAAAGACAUGGAGAGGAGGAUCGUCGCGCAGUUACUCACCUGCAUGGACGACCUCAAUUCGUUAUCAGAACCGGCUCAGGUCUUGGUAAUUGGAGCCACUAACCGUCCGGACUCGCUGGAUCCGGCCCUGCGUCGAGCCGGCAGGUUUGACCGCGAGAUCUGUCUGGGGAUUCCUGAUGAGGCCGCGCGACUCAAGAUUCUGAAGACGCUCUGUCGUAAAAUCACGCUGCCGGAGGACUUCGACUACAGACAGUUGGCGCGUCUCACGCCGGGUUAUGUGGGCGCAGAUUUGAUGGCGCUGUGUCGGGAGGCGGCCAUGAGCGCCGUCAACAGAAUCCUGCUGCAGCCGAGCAGUGAAGACCUCACACCACCGAAAGCAGAUCUGGAGCAGCUGCUGUCGUUGUUGAAGAGGAACGAGGCUUUGAGCGAGGAGCAGCUGUCUGGACUCUGUGUGCUCAUGUCAGACUUCAGGACCUCGUUAGCCAGAGUCCAGCCGUCCGCGAAGCGCGAGGGGUUCGCCACUGUCCCAGACGUCACCUGGGAAGACGUGGGCGCGCUGCAGGACAUUCGUGAGGAGCUCAACAUGGCCAUCAUGGCUCCCAUCAAUAACCCCGAGCAUUUCCGAGCUCUGGGUCUGAACACGCCCGCUGGAGUGCUGCUCGCUGGACCGCCCGGAUGCGGAAAGACCUUGUUAGCCAAAGCUGUUGCUAAUGAGUCAGGCUUAAACUUCAUCUCUGUCAAGGGUCCAGAGCUGCUCAAUAUGUAUGUGGGUGAGAGCGAGCGGGCCGUCAGACAGGUCUUCCAGAGGGGCAGGAACUCGGCCCCGUGCGUCAUCUUCUUCGAUGAGAUCGAUGCGCUUUGUCCUCGCCGCUCAGAGCAUGAGUCAGGAUCCAGCGCUCGCGUCGUAAACCAGCUGCUCACCGAGAUGGACGGCAUGGGGAACCGCCAGCAGGUUUUCAUGAUGGCCGCCACCAACAGGCCAGAUAUCAUUGACCCCGCUGUGCUCAGACCAGGACGACUGGACAAAACUCUGUAUGUGGGUUUACCGCCUCCCGCAGACAGACACGCCAUAUUGGUCACGAUUACUAAGAACGGCACCAAACCACUUCUAGAUUCAGAUGUCAAUCUCGAGGAAAUUGCCCAUGAUGCACGUUGUGAGAGUUUUACAGGUGCAGAUCUGUCGGCGCUGGUGCGAGAGGCGUGUGUUAACGCUCUGCGAGUUCACCUGAGCUCACGACCAGCUCAGACACACACAGAGGCGGUGAAGGACAUCCAAGUGAGCCGAAUUCACUUCGAAGACGCCUUCAAGAAGGUGCGGCCGUCUGUGUCCAAGAAGGACCAGAUAAUGUAUGAAAAACUGAAAGAGACCCUCACAAGAUGACAACCGUUGAUCAGAAAUCUACAUUUGGAUUCCAUUUUUAUUACUAAGAAUAAAAAAAUGAUGAUAAACUGUGAGUUUUCUCCUGAUCAUUGUUUUGUGCAUUUGUCUUCGUUCAGGAGAGAUUUCAGCAUUUUUUUUUUUUACAUGAUCAAAUGUUUCAUAAAGCUAUAUAUGCAAUAAAGUGUAUAUUAGAAACUGUUUCAGUGUUUUAACAAACAUUACAUGACGAGUUAAGUUUUUUUUGUACAUGUAGACUGAACUUGAGUUUUAUAGAUUUUUGCCUGUUGUGUUUUUGGAAAGGAACAGACCCUUAACAGAAAACACACGAGAUUGUAGUUCAGUGUUUUUCUUCCAGAAUGACAAUAUCAUUCAAAUGUAUCCCUGAUCAGUAGAGUACUGCAAUUCCACUAUUCAGGGUUAAAAUACAUACAAAAUAUAUCAAAUAUUUCAGAUGGACGACAGUAACAAUCAUUAGACACCAGCUCAAAUUUAUUAAGGCUUUUCAGUUCGCGUGAUACAAAACGUAUAAAUGUUGACAGCUCAAAACUUCAUUCACUGUUAGCCAAGGUGUGUCAAUUCACUUGGUUAAUUGAUGAAAUAAAGAAGUAUAACAGAGGCUUAAACACACAGGCCUCUUCACCAAACCACCAGAUUUUGGCGUCUAUUAAUGAGAUGAGUAGCAUUAAUCACUUGGGAGUACUUAAAGACCCACUGCACUGAACCUCUCCAAAACCUGAAACAUGAGUCAGAUUAUCUGGACAUUAUCGGCCGAUGCCGACGUUUACAUUUAAAGCCUUUAUCGGCAGAUUCCGAUAACGUUCUGAUGGUAUUGUGCAUCCCUACUUCCACGCAGGAGUAAAUGCAGAACAAAACAAUUCCUUAAAACUAGAAGCGUCUGAAUGUUCAGACCAUGUGCAACAGAGGAGCUCAAAUGUUUUGGUUCACAAUUAAAAUUCGACAGCACGCUUGCUAAAAA